AUGUCUUCCGCAGUAGCUGAACUGGAGAACCUCCUCCAAUCCAUGCUGGCUUUGAAGCCGCCUGGCGUAUCAGGAUCCAAGAUUGGUGGCAUCACAUCGUUGUGCACAGCCAACGUGCAGAAUGAAUCUGUGCUCAUCCAGAAAAUUUACACUCACUUCAAGAAAGCCCCCGGCACACACAAGCUUGGUGUCCUCUAUGUCGUAGACUCAGUAACUCGACAAUGGGUAGAGGCAGCCCGCAAGACCGGUCAGGCUCCCGGUGGUGAUGCGCCAGAUGGGACAUUCGCUGCUGGUGUCAAGCGUGUCACUGACCUUCUGCCUGUGCUUAUGACCGACAUCAUUAACAACGCUCCUCAGGAUCAAAAGGACAAGAUCAAGAAGCUGGUCGACAUCUGGGAACGAGGCGCCACCUUCCCGGCCCCAAUGCUGGCCUCAUUCAAAGAGAAGAUGAACGCGGCUCAAAAUGUCGAAUCGAACACCCCAGAAGGCUCGCCUGCACCCAACUCGAACCCGCUGGGCAUCCCGCAACAGCCCGCCGCUGCCGCUGCCGCUGCCGCACCUGAUACCUCCAGCAUCCUCAAGGCGCUGGCAGACAUGGCCAAGAGCAACAACACCGCGCCACCUGCCUCGGCCCCUGCCCCGGCCAACCCGCUGGCCGCCUUCACUCCAGCUGCCCCGGCCGCCGACCCUACCUCUCAAGCCCCCAUGAACCCAUACGGGGCCGCCCCCGCCGCGAACCCCUUCGCGGGUUUGGCUGGCAUGCCUCCAAACCCUGCUCUCCCGCCCAGCCAGAACGGAACCCCGAACCCGCUGGCUGCAGCCAAUCCGCUGGCCGCCAUGCUUCCCCAGACUGCGCAGCCUGCCGUGCCCGAUCCCAAUGCUAUGGCCGCUCAACUUCAACUGCUGCAGAUGCUUGCUGCUCAGGGCAUCCCUCAGGAUCAGUGGGGAACCGCUCUCCAGAUCUUCAGCUCGGUCGGUAACAAUGGUAUGGGUGGUAUGCCCGCGAUGCCCGGUAUGCCUGGCUUCCCUCCCAUGCAGGGCCAGAAUGCUGGUGGAUGGGGUCGUCCCGAUUCGCAGAACAUGGAUGACCGAGGACGCGACUACCCUCGCUCUCCUCCCACUGGGUACCGCCGUCGGUCUCGCUCUCCCGGCUGGGAUCGCCGCCGUACCGCCUCGCCUCCCCGUCGUCGCGAGAGCCCUGUAUAUGGCGAAUACCAUGGAGAUUCGCCUGGUCGUCGUGGCGGAGAUCCCCGUGAUGCUCGUGGCCGUCGGGGCGACUAUCGCCAGCGCAGUCCACCUGGUGCUCGCGGCGGCCGCCGUCGCUCGCCUUCCCCAUCUCGCAACAAGGACCCCAACUUGCCUCCUCCCGGUCCCAAGUUUAUUGAGUGGGAUUACUCGAUCGGCCAGGGUAUGAUCAAGGUCCUGAGCCGAACCCUCUUUGUUGGCGGUGUCACUUCCUCGGAGUCGCACCUGCGCUCGCUCUUUGGCCAAUUUGGAGUUGUUCAGACAUGCAUUGUCAACGUGGAUAAGCGCCACGCUUUCAUUAAGAUGGUGAGCCGUCAAGAUGCCACCCAGGCUCGCGAUGGAAUGGAAUCCUACCGCACUGGAGAGAUGCAGCUCCGUACCCGUUGGGGUGUUGGCUUUGGCCCCCGUGACUGCAGUGAUUACCAGACCGGUGUCAGCAUCAUCCCCGUUGAUCGAUUGACCGAGGCGGAUCGCAAGUGGAUGCUCACUGCCGAGUACGGCGGAACCGGUGGCCGUCAAAUUGAAUCCGGCAUGGUUGUUGAGGAGCCCGAUAUUGAGAUUGGCGCGGGUGUUUCCUCCAAGGCGAUCAGUCGUCGUAUCGCCACCGACACUGGCGGCAAGCGGGGCCCUAUCUCGACGCGUCAGCCCAACCCAAACAACGAGGCUCGCUUUGGCGGUCGUCGCGAGCGUGACAAUUAUGGAAUGGGAGAACCUGAUAUGUCCAACAUGAACAACAACCCUGGGGUCGCGCCUGCCGUCCCCGCGUACGGCUUCAACUUCGCCAGUAUGCCCAUGUUGCCUCCUUUUAUGAUGGGUCAGGGCAUGCCCGGUCAGCCUCCCUCGGGUGGUCAGGGUAAUUAA